GUACGCCUUCCACAGCUCCUCCUGGCUGGUGGCUGGCAAAGCUGACCCCGCUACCCCCGGGAGGGUGCAUUACCACCCCGACUCCCCCGCAAAAGGGGCGCAGUGGAUGAAGCAGAUCGUUUCCUUCGAUAAGCUCAAACUGACCAACAAUUUGCUGGAUGACAAUGGGCAUAUCAUUUUGAACUCCAUGCACAGAUACCAACCGCGUUUUCACGUGGUCUACGUGGACCCCCGAAAAGACAGCGAGAAAUAUGCAGAGGAGAACUUCAAAACCUUUGUCUUUGAGGAGACGCGCUUCACAGCCGUGACCGCCUACCAGAACCACCGGAUUACGCAGUUGAAGAUUGCCAGCAACCCUUUUGCCAAGGGAUUCAGAGACUGUGACCCUGAAGACUGGCCUAGGAAUCACAGGCCAGGGGCCCUUCCUCUCAUGAGCGCAUUUGCCAGAUCCCGGAAUCCAGUCUCGUCUCCA